AUGGAGGCGCGAAGGUUUUUUCCCGCUUCUUACAAACCUGUGGCCCGAGGAGAAACGCUGCCACUGCAAUCCGAGCUGCUGCUGCAAUCUAAGUUGCUACGCCUUUGCUGCUAUCCCCUCUCCUCACUGUGUUCUCUCCGCAUUCACUCGGACCCUCACUCCUGUGCAUGCCACUGGGCUGCUGGUUGCAAGGAGCAGUGGCAGACGGCCGUGGGGCUGCAAGUCACCACGCCUCAUCGCGAGGAGCAGUGGCAGACGGACGUGGGGCAGCAAGCAAGCACAUGUGGCCGGAUCAGCGUUCUCCUCAUGCCUCAAGCCACUGGCGGCAGCAGACAACACCUGAUGGUGCCGGCACAUGCUUCACCUGCCCUCUGCACACAACCACCACAUAAUCAGCUAAGUGCUCGCUCCUCCAUGCACCCAUUCUUGCUUCGUGGCCCUCCUUUCGCUCGUCUUCUAUUCACCACGCUUGCAUGCAUGCGCCCCUUCUGUGAUGGUGACUCUCCCACUCACUGCCUCUCCCUCGCCUCCCCUCCCUCCCCCUCCCCUCCCUCCUCCUCCCCUCCCAUCCCCAGCUGUCCAUUCCCUGUCAGCCCCCCUCGCAGGAGCUCAAGGGCAGCGCUGCUGGUCGCCUGA